GGCGUCCUACUUAGUGUGUUAGCUUCACGCGUUAUCUGAAGUUUUCUUCAAAGUUGGUGGGAGAUGACCAUGGACAUGACCUUUCUCGGGACCGGGUCGGCGUACCCGUCUCCUCACCGCGGUGCCUCGGCCCUGGUGCUGCGGACGGACGGGGACUGCUGGCUGUUUGACUGCGGAGAGGGAACCCAGACGCAGCUGAUGAAGAGCCAGCUCCGAGCCGGUCGAAUUACCAAGGUUUUCAUCUCCCACUUGCAUGGAGACCACCUCUUUGGUCUACCCGGUCUUCUCUGCACUGUGAGUCUCAACACUAACCCAGACCCCCAGUCACAGCAAAACCAGCCCUGCUUGGACAUUUAUGGGCCCCGGGGCCUCAGACACUUUCUCAGGGUGACACUAGGCCUCACAGGGUCACAGCUGCUCUUCCCUUAUGCAGUACAUGAGUUGGAGCCCACACCUGAUCAGAGUCCAGAGGAAGGACAGCUCAGCCCUGAGAUGACAGCGGAGCAUGGUUCUCUGCACCCACAGGAGCAGUUAGGCAGGACUAUUUCACUGGACGUAUCCAGUGACUGUUACCGCCUUUUCGAGGACAAGAAGUUUGUGGUGAGCGCCUUCAGGUUGUUCCACCGUGUCCCUUCCUUUGGGUUUUGCAUCCAGGAACAUGACCGACCUGGAAGACUUAAGACUGAAGUGCUGAAGGAACUAGGCGUCAAACCAGGUCCACUUUAUGGACGUCUGAAAGCGGGGGAGUCUGUAACUCUGGACAGCGGCCGUGUAGUGUUGCCUAGUGAGGUACUGGAAGAAGAUAUUCCUGGGAGGAAAGUGUGCAUUUUCGGGGACUGCAGCUCCGUUCUUGGGGACGGACCACUGAGGCUGUGCAGUGGAGCAGACGUUUUGGUGCACGAGGCCACCCUAGGGAAUGAGCACAGAGAGAAAGCGGUGGACCACGGACACAGUACGCCUGAAAUGGCGGCGGCGGUGGCUCGGUCAUGCGGCGCACAGAGGCUGGUGCUGUACCACUUCAGCCAAAGGUACAAACCCUGCACCCUGCAGAAGGAGGGGGACGAGGACGACGUUUCAGAGCUGAAGAGACAGGCUGAAGACGCUCUGCAGGACACUGGGACACAGGUGACACUGGCUGAGGACUUUCUUACUCUGUCCAUUCCUCUCAAAAAGAAAAGGACUUUUGAAAUAAUCAGCAGCUGAAUCUGAGAAAAGCAGCAUACUGCUGAUCUCAGGUGGCUUAAAUGAUUAUGUAGUAUUACACAGUCACACUUCAUGACUUUUCUGCUUCAGAAUACAUCAGUCAUUCAGACAGAAGUGGUACUAAUAUUUUGUUAUUACAAUGGUACCUUUCACUGGGUUGGAUAUGUUAGGCAGCAAGUGAACAUUUAGUCCUAGAAGCUGAUGUGUUGGAAGCAGUUAAAUGUAAAGAACUAAAGCUACGUUCACAUUACAGGCAAAAGUGGCCCAAAUCUAACUUUUUUUUUUACCCAUAUGUGAGUCAUAUCUAAUUUCUUUAAGGACUGUCUGAACAACACAAAUCA